AUGAACAAUCAAAAAGUUCAAAGUGCCUACGAGGUAGCAAAGGAACUUUACGAAGAUAUAAAAAAAGAUACAGAAUAUAUUUGUAAUAAUAAAGAUGUUGAAUCUAUUCAAAUGAUAAAUAGAGAUAAAUUUUUGGCUGUAGAAAGAUUUGAGGAAAUGCAACUAGGAAAAAUUCUUCAAGCAUUGUACGAUUUAGGCCAUGAACACCCAAGUCAAGUACAAAAACUGGCCAUUCCUGCUAUUAAAAGUCAAAAUGAUGUAGUAAUACAAAGUCAAAGUGGAACAGGAAAAACAAUAGCAUUUUUAGUUGGACUUCUUACUUCUAUUGAAAAAGGAAAGGGUACACAGGCUGUUAUUAUCAGUCCUACAAGAGAAUUAAAUAUGCAAAUAUACGAUGUAACACUAAAACUAACAAAAUAUAACGAAAUAGAAACCUUUUUGGCUUUAAAAGACAAAAAUUUUGAUAAAAAUCAUUAUGAAAUUAUUUUAGGCACCCCUGGUUCUGUACUUUCUCUCGUAAAUAGAAGACUUUUUGACUUUAAAAAUUUAAAAUUUUUUGUACUAGAUGAAACAGAUGUGUUACUUGAUAAGACAACGAUGGGAACACAAACAUUUAGACUUUUACAGGCCUUUAAAACAGCAAAAAAGGUUUUUAUUUCUGCAACUUACAAUGAUGAUAUAAAAAAGACUAUUGAUGCUUACGCUCCUGAUUGCGUAAAAUUGUAUCAAAAACAAAAUGCUAAACCAGAUGAAAUAAAAUUGUAUCAUAUUGAUGUUAGUUAUAAAGACAAGGUCAGGACAUUACAAUCUUUGUAUGAAUUAUUAACUGUAGGACAAGUUAUUGUUUUUGUAUCAAAAAAGGCAACGGUGAAAAAACUUGAAAAAAUUCUUGUUGCGGAUUCAAACUCUGUAUCUAUUUUGCAUGGCGAUCUUUUGCCUGAAGAAAGAGAUUUUACCGUUGAAAAGUUUAAAACGGCAGAUACAAAAAUAUUGGUUACUACAGAUGUAUUUUCAAGGGGCAUGGAUAUCCCACAAGUUAAUUUAAUUAUAAAUUUUGAUCUGCCUUAUUAUGAAGAUAAAUUACUUUUAGAAACUUAUAUUCACAGAAUAGGACGAUCUGGUAGAUUUGGUCGUACUGGUUUUGUAAUCGAUAUGAUAGGAGGAGGUAAAGAAUUUAAAGAUUAUAUUCAAAUUCAAGAAGAACUAAAAACUAUUUCUAAAGGAUUUACAAUUGAAGAAUUACAAAAUGUAAAUGUGGAUGAAUAA